UUAAUAUUUAUUUUAAUGGGUUUGAUAAAUAAAUUCAAGAUACGCGCCUUCAGAAAUUUCAGGAGAAUCCAAAGUUUAAAUCGGAGCAGCUUGUUUGGAUGUCUGGCCUGUUUUAUAAGCCAGUGAAGACGUAUGUGGUCAGCUAUUUGGAUGAAUAUUAGUGAUAACGUCGGGGUCGAAGAUGUUGACCUUGGACUUUGAGAAUUGGGUUUUGAAAUAUUUAGAAGGUAGGUUAGUUUUGAGGGUUGAUAAAAUGAAAACGGCAAUACAUAGUGUAGUAUCUGAGAACUUUAGUUAUCUAAGAAUGGAACUACAAGCGAUUCCACCUUUAGUUUUGCAUCCUCCCAUGACGGAGAAAAUACUGGGGAUGAAGAUAUUGCAGCAUGUUUUUAAGAAGUUGAAGCAAAGUGAUGGGUCUAAAUUUGACUUUCAAAUUGAAAAUGAGGUUUGAGAAAUCUUCAGAACUUGGACUGAUGAAGUUGUCCAAGAUUUCUUGGAAGAGCGUUGGGAGUGGCAUCAGAUGCUUACAGCAAGCGAUUUUCUUUCUUUAAGGCACAUUAGAGAUCAAUUACCCCAAGAUCUGGUUGAUGCUUAUGAUAAGUUCCAACUUCCAAGAGCAAGUUGACAAGUAUUUGAGUCCAGUCCAAGCUAGAAAGGCAUUAGAGAAAGAAGAAAGGAUAGUGGAGGAGGAAGAGGAACGGAAAUAUGCCAAGAGCACGGUUGAGGAUUUGACGAGGCUGUGUAUGAAAGUUGAUGCACCAAUAGAACUUGUCAGGAAGGCAGUCAAGAUGGUUGGUUUUACAAAUAACAUGGGUCGCCCUGGAUCGAUGAAGUUACUCAUUGCUCUUGAAGAUACUGAUAUUAUCAAGUGGUAUGCAGGUGUAGGGAGAAGGUGGCUUGAUUUCUUCUGCUGCUGUCACAACUUCAAGAUGGUUAAAACUGUAGUAACUUAUCACUUGAGGUUCUCUUGCAUUUUGACACUAGCAGAGAAGCAUGAAUCAACCAAGCGUGAAGCCAUAAAGCAUUACACUAAAGAUUUGAAGGUCUCUGAUUUUAAAGGAAAUGAAGAAGUGUACUUCCCCACAGAAAGAGAGGUUAAAAUGAUGGGAGAUCAAAAUAUUUCGGAUCCAAGGCAUGUUGAUGGGGCUUUAUCUUUGGCUUUGAUCAGGUUGGCUUCUGAUGAGCCUUAAUGUUCUUGAUCGGUCAUUUCUAUGACAAAAUGGAUACUGUUUAUUAUCGGGUACGGUUACUACA